UCCGAUUCUUGUCGUGGAGGUUGAUUUUCUGAUUUUUAAAGCUACUAAAUGCGUUUGAUCGCGAAAUACUUAAUGAUGUGAGGUGUAGGCUAGUGGUUGGAUUGUUUAGGUUUUCGUCUCUAUCUUUGAAAUUAAGCAAGCCCAGCUGCUUGUGUGUCUGGUGGGGAGACGGGUCUUUGUUGCUUAGGAUUGAAGUUUCGGUGUGAAUUCAAUCGGAGCACAUGCGUUGCGUAACUAGGGAGGGGAGCGUAUCUGAGUGUUUGAAUGGGUGUUUUGAUUACUAGUUGUCAAAUGGAAGCACGUGAUUGAUUUCUAGCGGGAGAGGCGACGAGGAAUAAGCACAUGAUUUCUUGCUUGUGGUUUUGAUCACAUUGUGUUUGAACGCGGCCUACUUGAUAGGUUUGAGUGCAGAGUGUGCAAUUGCUGCUGUUAAAUGGUCAUUGUAUUCCGUGAGGUUGAUUUCCGACUGAGAGAGGAAAGUGAGUAGUUGUUAUUAAGAGAGGUAUUGUUUCUUCCAUGAGGGUCAUCAUCUCUUUUAAGGGGAAUUGCCAACUCAAACCUGUUAAAUAAUGCAGAUCAGCUAUCGCUUGCUACCUGCAGUUCCUUUUUCCGUGCAUUUAUAGUCAGAAGCUUGUAAAUAACAUGGGAAUCCUUUCACGCAGUGCGGUUGCUAGAAAACCAAAUGAGACAAUGAGGCUUAUUGUGACAACUUUUGUAGGAGUAGUUUUUGGAUUCUUGAUAGGUGUAUCCUUUCCGACAUUGUCAUUAACGAAGCUGAAUCUCUCAUCCAGCCUUCUUCCACCAGUUGAUCUAUCAUACAAUGAGAAAGGGAAAUCAAGCAUGUCAGAUUUUUAUUCUUAUGUGAAGAAAAAUAGUAGCUCAACUCAUUCUCAGAGACGAAAUGAUACAUCGAAGAUUUGGGUGCCCACAAAUCCUAGAGGUGCAGAAAUGCUACCCCCAGGAAUUGUUGAAGCUGAGUCAGACUACUACUUGCGCAGAUUAUGGGGCAAGCCUAGUGAGGACUUAACAACCAAACCUAGGUACCUUGUGACAUUCACUGUGGGUAUCAAACAGAAAAAUAAUAUUGAUGCAGCUGUGAAAAAGUUUUCGGAGGACUUUACGAUUCUUCUUUUCCAUUACGAUGGGAUAACAACCGAAUGGGAUGACCUUGAGUGGUCUAAGCGGGCUAUACAUGUUAGCGUUCGCAAGCAAACUAAAUGGUGGUAUGCCAAGCGAUUUUUGCAUCCUGACAUUGUUGCCCCAUACGAUUACAUAUUUAUCUGGGAUGAAGACCUCGGAGUAGAGCAUUUUAAUGCUGAGGAGUACAUAAAGCUAGUCAGGAAGCAUGGUUUGGAGAUUUCGCAGCCUGGUUUAGAACCUAACAAAGGAUUGACAUGGCAGAUGACAAAGAGAAGAGGUGACCGUGAAGUCCACAAACAAACAGAGGAGAAACCAGGCUGGUGCACUGACCCACAUCUGCCUCCAUGUGCAGCGUUCGUUGAGAUCAUGGCUCCCGUAUUUUCCCGAAGUGCCUGGCGCUGUGUGUGGCAUAUGAUUCAGAAUGACUUGGUCCACGGGUGGGGUCUUGACUUUGCCCUUAGAAAAUGUGUAGAGCCUGCCCAUGAGAAGAUAGGAGUUGUAGAUUCUCAGUGGAUUGUUCAUCAAACUGUUCCGUCGCUCGGUAGUCAGGGUGAAUCACAAGGUGGAAAAGCGCCUUGGCAAGGGGUGAGGGAAAGGUGCAGAAAGGAAUGGACAAUGUUUCAGAUGAGGGUCGCAAAUGCAGAAAGUGCGUAUUUUAAAGCAAUGGAGAUGUAUAAUUCGACGACCGCCCACUAGCUGUGCGGCAACGACACAGCGACUGUACACAUCCAUGACCUCUGUUGUGCUUAGAACUUUACAGAUACUAGUAGAAAUCCGUUAUAAGUUCUGUCAUUCAUUAAUUGAUUAAAAACACAAAGAUGAGGCAAACCCUUCUAGAACUUCAGUAGUUAGAGAGAUCUGCUAUGAUCGAGUGUAACAUGUUUUUACUAUAAUUAUUAUCACUACUGUAUGAUGAUGUUAUGCUUCUUAAACAUAACACAGAAGACCAAUAAAAUUAGUAUUAAGAGAA